AUGUCAGGUGUUUAUACUUGUAAUUCCUGUAAUUUACAGUUUCCAACUGGUAAUGAUCAAAGAGAUCAUAUGAAAUCAGAUUGGCAUCGUUACAAUUUGAAGAGAAGAGUGGCAAAUCUACCACCUAUUUCAGAAGAUGUUUUCAAUUCAAAGUUGAAUGAGAGUGCAAAGACAAAUGAAAAUGCUAAACAGUUGUCCAAGAAAGAACAAAGAAGAAAGGAGAAGGAAAUUUUAUUGGAAAAAAAGAGAAAACUAUUGGAAAUUGCCAGAGCAAGGAUGUUGGAACAACAAGCGUUAGAAGAGCAAAAUGGACAUAUCGAUGGCACCGUUAAUGUUGCUGAAUUAACUGAAGAGGUUAAGAAAGUUGAGACUAGUGAACAAGAUAACGUUGAAGCAACUGUUGGAAAGAAUGAAGAAGAACCAGAAUCUGAAUUAACUGAAGAACAACUUGCUGAAAUAUUGAUGGCCGAGAAGAUAAAGAAUAAAGUUGAUAUCCCAUUAGAACAAUGUUUAUUCUGUACAAACAACAAAACGUUCAAGACUUUUGAAUUAAAUUUGCUUCACAUGUACCAGAACCAUGGUUUCUUUAUUCCAGAACAAAAAUAUUUGGUUAAUCAAGAGGGUUUAGUCAAAUAUAUGGCAGAAAAGAUUGGUUUAGGUAAUGUUUGUAUUGUGUGCAACUACCAAGGUUCUUCUUUAAAUGCUGUCAGAUCGCACAUGUUAUCAAAGAGACAUUGUAAAGUUCCUUACGAAAGUAAUAAUGAAAAGCUAGAAAUCUCUGAGUUUUAUAACUUCGAAAGUUCGUAUGCUAACGUUGAAGCUGCACAAGGCAACGAAGAAGAUUGGGAAGAUGUUGAAGAUGGAGAUGCUGAAAAUACCGAAGGUGACGAAGAACUAGAACAAGAUGAAGAGGGUACAACUGAAUUCUUAUACCACGAUGGUGUUGAAUUGCAUUUGCCAUCCGGCAUAAAGGUAGGUAACCGUUCACUAAUGCGUUAUUACAGGCAAAAUCUAAGACCUGAGAUGAUAUUAUCUGAAGGUCAAGGUACUGUGAUAGCUGCUGAAACUAGAAUGAACUUUAUAACUGAUGGGUUACCAGAUAGAGAAAUGGUCAAGACGCAACAAAGAGCUUGGAAAACAGAAAUUAAAGAUAAGAAAACACAUGAUAAAAGAGCCGCCAAAUUCGUCAAUAAUCAACCACAUUACAGGGAUCAAUUAUUGCAAUAG